AUGGUUCUUUCUUCAGAAGAAGUUGCAAAACAUAAUAAAAAAGAUGAUUUAUGGGUUAUAAUUCAUGAAAAAGCUUAUGAUUUAACUGAUUUUGUUGAUAAUCAUCCUGGUGGUUCUGCUAUUAUAUUAAAAUAUGCUGGUAAAGAUGCUACAAAAGCUUUUGAUCCUUUUCAUCCAGGUGAUAUUUUAUCAAAAUACUUAAAACCAGAAUAUCAUAAAGGUGAAGUUGAAAUGAAGAAAAAAAAUAAAAAAGUACAAGAUAAAGCUGAAAGUUUAGCUAAAUCAAGUGGUGAUCAAACUGCGCAAGGCAAUAAAAAUGCAAAUGCAAAUGCAAAUACAAAUGGUUCUAAUGUAGUUGAUGAAUUUGAUGUUGAAUAUGAUGAACAAGAUGAUAAACAACCAAUUCCAACUCAAACUGCUUCAGAAGAAGUAGAUGACGAAUAUGACGAAUAUGAUGAUGAUGAUGAUGAUCCACCAACUCCAGAAGAAAUUCAACGUCGUAAAAAUGUUAAAAAUAAACCAGAUUUAUCACAAAUUUAUAAUUUAUCAGAUUUUGAAUUUGUUGCUCGUCAUACUAUGGAAAAAACAGCAUGGGCUUAUUAUAGUUCCGGUUGUGAUGAUGAGAUUACUUUACGUGAAAAUCAUUUAAGUUUUCAACGUGUAUUUUUUAGACCAAAAGUUAUGAUUGAUGUUUCAAAAAUUGAUUUAUCAACAUCUAUGCUUGGUACAAAUGUUUCAUAUCCAUUUUAUAUAACAGCUACUGCAUUAGGUAAAUUAGGACAUCCAGAUGGUGAAAAAGUAUUAACAAGAAGUGCAGCAAAAGAAAAUGUAAUUCAAAUGAUUCCAACAUUAGCUUCAUGUUCAUUUGAUGAAAUUGUAGAUCAAGCAACCGAUAAACAAACCCAAUGGUUUCAAUUAUAUGUUAAUUCCGAUCGUGAAAUUACUAAAAAAUUGGUACAACAUGCAGAGUCAAGAGGUAUUAAAGGUUUAAUUAUAACAGUUGAUGCACCACAAUUAGGUAGACGUGAAAAAGAUAUGAGAUCAAAAAAUGUUGAAGAUUUAAGUUAUGUUCAAGGUGAUGAUGAUGAUGCAGAUAGAACUCAAGGUGCAGCAAGAGCAAUUUCAUCAUUUAUUGAUGCAAGUUUAAGUUGGAAAGAUUUAAAAUGGUUUAAAUCAAUAACAAAAAUGCCAAUAGUAUUAAAAGGUAUUCAGAGAGUUGAAGAUGCUAUUUUGGCUGCAGAAUAUGGAUGUCAAGGUGUUAUUUUAAGUAAUCAUGGUGGUAGACAAUUGGAAUAUUCAGCACCACCAAUUGAAAUAUUAAUGGAAUUAAUGCCAAUCUUAAAAGAAAAAGGUUUGAAUAAAAAUUUUGAAGUUUAUAUCGAUGGUGGAGUUUCAAGAGCAACUGAUAUUUUAAAAGCAUUAUGUUUAGGAGCAAAAGGAGUCGGAAUUGGUAGAAAAUUUUUAUAUGCAAUGUCAACAUAUGGAGAUGAAGGAGUAUUAAAAGCAAUUCUGAUAUUAAGAGAUGAAUUAAUAAUGAAUAUGAGAUUCUUAGGAGCAACAUCAAUAGAUCAAUUAAAUGAAUCAUUUGUUGAUAUUAGAUCAUUUACAAAUAGAUUUGUACCAGAAGAUAAAUUAUUUACAAAAGUAUAUCAACCAAUGGAUCAUCCAGCAUUUAAAGAUAGUAAAUUGUAG